AUGCGAUCGGACGGAGAAGAGAAUCCUGUUGUCGCGGCCGAAGAGGUCGAAGUUUCCGGUACCGCUGCCGGUGGCUCUAUGUCCGUUAUGGAUGCCCUCAAGGGUGCCUUGAAGAUCGCUCUCAUCCACGACGGUCUUGCACGAGGACUCCGUGAGGCCGCCAAAGCCCUCGAUCGUCGCCAGGCCCACAUGUGCGUGCUCAACGAGGCGUGCGAGGAGGAGGCCUACAAGAAGUUGGUUAUUGCGCUGUGCCUGGAGCAUAAGAUUCCGUUGAUCAAGGUUCCGGAUGGCAAGAUGCUGGGCGAAUGGGUUGGACUUUGCGUGCUUGACCGCGAAGGAAACCCCCGCAAGGUUGUCAACUGCUCUUGCGUCGUCGUACGCGACUGGGGAGAAGAAUCUCAGGAACGGUCCAUUCUCAUCAACUACUUCCAGACCGAGAAUCUUUGA